GUAAGAUGAGUCGUGCUACAGAUCUGGCAACCCUGCUCAGCGCCAAACACACUCUUCAGGUUAGGUGGUAUCGAGGGUGGUUUACUGCUGUGGAGCCGGAGACUGGCGCCAAAAUUCGUUCUCACAAUGGCUAAAAUAUGCACGAUAUCAGAUGAGUCUGACCCAUCAGGUGAUCAAGAAGACACAGAGCACCUACAGGCCAAGCAGGGAGCCGAGGCGUCUCACUCUGAGCACUCCCUAGCUGUUACACAGACAUCCCGAGGAGAGGUAAUGGCAAGGUGCAGGAAUUUCUCUGUAAAUGAAGAGGACUUCCAGGAGGCUAGUGAUGGGAAAUCUGGAGAUGGAGAUCCUUUCCGACCUCGGUCCCGCUCAGCACCUCCAGUUUUAUGGGCCGCCAAGAAAUACGGCAGAGAGCUGAGGAAGAUGAGCGAUGAGUUUGACACCUUACUCGACAAAGGGAUGAAGAGGGUGAGGAGUGCAGGUACAGCCUGUCAGAUGCGCACCUCCCCCAGCUGGUUCAACUUCCUCUGGAGCCACCAAGAGUCAGACACUGAGACCGUGAGCAGUCUGACAGCUCAAAACACCCGUCCUGCAGAGUGACACAUCAGUGGAGCACACAGCGAGAGAGAGAGAGAGAGAGAGAGAGAGAGAGAGCACUGGUUAUGCCGUAUAUAAAGGAUGAAGAGGAAGCUCUCAGAACCCAGAAGUGAAGGACUGAUGCUCUGUCUUAAUGGACUAUUAUAAAACUUUCCUCAGAAGUUGUUGGAUACCUGGACCUUUGACCAGUCAGUCUCCAACAUCGCCUGAGUGAUGUUUACUACUACAGAAAAAAAACAGAUGGAGAUUCUUUCCUGGGUCUGUGCUCCAUUACUGUGGGCAAACUAUGCAAGCUGUUUUGUGAGAAUGACCGGUUAGUUCAGUGUGUGUGAGAUUCAGUCAGAACUACUGGAGCAUGAAGAAGGAUGCAACGUCAUUCACUGCCAUCUUUCAGGGCUGUAGGGAAAUGUUUCUUGUCUAUGGUAUGGGCUAAUGAAAUCUGAACAAACACGGUAACAAACAUAUCUUUCAGGUGCAAAUUUUUAUAACUUUUACCACCCCUUUCCAUUGAUACAGCCUUAACUGAAAGAUAUAGAUGAAUGAUUUUCAGCAAAUAAACAUACUAAAUCAACAGAUGAUUAAUUUUAAAAUAAAACAUAAGUAAGAGCUGAUCUAUCCUGUUGAUCUGUGUAGGGCUAUGAAGCGUGGGUGGACAGGACUUUGAACAGUUUUUGUGUAUGUUUUUACACCUUCUGCUAUCUCUAUCUUUAUGGAACAUUCUACAGCCUUAGAGCAAUAAAGACCAGAAGAGAUAGCAGCAGGGCCUUAGUUUCAUUGAUAUUACUUGUAACAUCAGUAAAUAUAAAUAGAAAGUAAAAUAGAAAUAGAAAAUAUAAAAAUGUCUUGUAAUGCCUUUAUGAUUUUUAGAUUAUUGAAUAAUCUACCAUUACAUUUUAUAACCACUACAACGUGAAAAAUAAAUAAGAAUUUAUUAAAGAAA